UGGUCUAAUUAUCCUAAAACUAGGUAAUUAGCCUGGCAACUCCAGUGACCUCACUCGUGUGGCGACCGUCCGUGCUCUGAGACUGAGUGCGUGUUCUCGGCCACAUUGGUGACAGCUGCUAUUGUGUACCUCAUGCCACUGCCGGAAACAAGGCAGAACCAAAAAUGAGUGCAGUGAAGAUCAGCCCAGAAAAGUUACAAGCCAUCGAUGAUUACUUAUGCAAUUAUAGUUACAUCGAGGGAUCAUUUGCAACACACAGUGACCAUGUUCUGAGUGAAUUCUUAACACCAAUUAUCAGUGAUCUAUCACACCAUGUGCACACUUCAAGAUGGUGGAAACAUAUUCAAACAUUUGAGCUGCAUGAGUUCCAGGGUAUGGCUCGAAGCAUUGACGAAAUCCUCAACGUGCUUGGCAAGGCGACCAAGGUGCCGGAGAUGUCUGGAAAGGAGCACCUCAGUUUAAUUUGCCGGCGACUGGAUGAAGUCAUUGGGGAGGAUCGCAUUGCAGCCAUUGUCAAGGAACGCCCACUCAAAAUUUACUGGGGCACUGCCACCACUGGCAAGCCACAUGUAGCAUACUUUGUUCCUAUGACUAAGAUUGCUGAUUUUCUCCAUGCUGGUUGUGAGGUAACAGUGCUACUGGCCGAUCUCCAUGCUUACCUGGAUAACAUGAAGGCACCAUGGUCCCUUAUUGAGUACCGCACUCGUUACUACAAGGCUGUUAUAGAGGCUAUGUUGAAAGCUAUUGGAGUGUCUGUAGAAAACCUGCGCUUUGUCCAGGGACGGAACUAUCAGCUGGGAAGUGACUACACUCGAGACAUGUACCGGCUGGCUGCCAUGGUCACUGAGCAUGAUGCUAAGAAAGCUGGUGCAGAAGUGGUUAAGCAGGUGGAUGCACCAUUCCAGUCUGGUCUGCUGUAUCCUGGACUACAAGCCUUAGAUGAAGAGUAUCUUCAAGUUGAUGCUCAGUUUGGAGGAGUGGACCAGAGAAAGAUCUUUAUGUAUGCUGAGAAAUACUUGCCUAAGCUUGGAUACCAGAAGAGGUCACAUCUCAUGAACCCAAUGGUGCCUGGUCUCACUGGAGGAAAAAUGUCAUCCUCAGAAGUUGACUCCAAAAUUGACCUUCUGGAUUCUGCAGAUGCUGUAGCACAGAAACUAAGAGGAGCAUCCUGUGACCCAGCCACCCCUGAUAAUGGUGUGAUGGCCUUUGUGAACUAUGUAGUGUUUCCUGUGCUAGAGAUGCAAGGGAAAUCUUUUCAGAUAAAUGGUCAGGUAUACUCAACCUUUGAAAAGCUGAAAGAGAAUUUCAUUAAAUGUAAAGUAUCUGGAGAUGAUAUAAAGAGUUUUGUCAUUGAUGUCUUGAAUUCACUAUUGCAGCAUAUUAGGUAUGAAUUUGCAAAACCUGAGCUCAAAGAAUUGGCAAAAUUAGCCUAUCCUAAUUCUAUAAUAGAUGAGCCAGCUCCACAGGCCAGGCAGGAUGGUGAAAAGUCUGUUGCACAUGAAAUGAAUCUUGAUGAUCGGGUACAGCUAAUGAGUAGGAACCUUUCUCACCCGCCCCCUGACACUCUCAGGACUGUACUCGCCAAAACUCCUCGUGUAUUGUGGUCAGUAUCGCUCACUCGGCCUCCUGAUUGUUGUAUAGUUAGUCAUGUGGCCAAGUUACGCGAUUUUCUUGCUGCUGGAUGUCGUGUCACUGUGUUGGCCUCUGACAUUCUCUCCCACUUGGAUGGGUGCCAGGUGGCAUGGGAUUUUGUUUCAAAUAUUGCAGAUUACUAUUUAGAGUUGAUCAAGGCUACCAUGACUGCAUUGAACAUUGCAAUGGACAAUGUCCAAUUUGUCAAAGGUAGUAGUUUCCAGGAGGGUAAGGAAUAUGUUCUUGAUUUGUACAAGAUGACUGCUCUUGUCACUUGCAAAGACUCUAGCCAAGCUAUAUCAAGUGUAGUGAAGGAUCCAAACCUCCUCUCAGCUCUACUAUAUCCUGACAUGAUGGCCUUAGAUGAGAAGCACUUGCAUGCUAACAUUCAUUACUGUAGUAGCAAAUAUUCUUCAGUAUUUGAGUUUGCUCAAAAGAGUCUUCCAUUGGUGGGAGGAGAACCAUGCGCUCCUCUUCUUGGUGCCGAAAUGCCAUCACUGUUGAACCGACCUGCCUUAACUCCUGACGAGGAAUAUAUUGGACUUGUAGAACAAGAGUCACAGCUGAAGAAGAAGAUCAAAUCUGCAUUCUGUGAGGAGGGGAAUGUCACCUUUAAUCCUGUGUUGUCAUUAGUAAAAAAUGUUAUCUUUCCUUGGCUAGAAAAAGACAAAUUUGUUGUAGUGAGGACAGAGGAAAAUGGUGGUAAUCUGGAAUUUGAUUCUUUUGCCCCCUUAGAGGAACUGUUUAGUGAAAAGAAAUUGCAUCCAGGAGACUUGAAAAAUAGUGUUUUGGAAUAUAUGAAAAAAAUUAUUCAGCCCAUCCGUAAGGCAGCAGAAUCGCCUACCAUGAAGAAACUUCAUAAUCUGGCAUACCCACCGCCACCUAAGAAAGUGAAAGGUCCACAGAAGGCAGCUGGUGGAGAUGAGUUUGUUCCUUCAAAAUUUGAUAUGCGAGUUGGAAAGGUGGUUGAGGUAAGCAGACACCCUGAUGCAGAGUCCCUUUAUGUUGAGAAAAUUGAUAUAGGGGAGCCUGAGCCACGCACCAUUGUAAGUGGUUUAGUCAAAUACGUCCCCAUAGAGGAGAUGCAGGAUAGAAUGGUAGUGGUAUUGGCUAACUUGAAGCCAGCAAACAUGAGAGGAGUAAAAUCAGCUGGUAUGGUUUUGUGUGCCUCUGCAGGUGAACCAGCAGUGAUUGAACCUCUGCAGCCUCCACAGGGAAGCAAACCAGGAGAGCGAAUAAUGGUUGAGGGCUAUGAUGGCCCACCUGACCCCGUGCUAAACACUAAGAAGAGUGAUGCCUUAGCUAAGAUGUUAGCUGGCUUCAGGACAGAUGCCUCCCUGCAGGCAACAUGGAACAAGAAUGUUUUGGGUACUAGUAAUGGGCUUAUUACUGUGUCAUCUUUAAAGGAUGCUCCUAUAAAAUAAUGCAUAAUGGAUGUAGUGAUUUUAAUAUUUACAUUUUCAGACUGAAAAUAGUGUACUUAUUAUGAAAACCAAAAAACCAAAGUAAUUUCUGGAAACUCAGUUUCUGUUGGUACAUCUUCAUUUCCCAUGUACAAGUGCCUUGUCAAUAAAGUGAAGAUAGUGAGAUAGUGAUACAUGAUUGAAUGGGGUUAGGUGCAUAAAGGUGAAGUGAAAAUGGCAAAAGGGGAGAGGAAUGAAAAUUGUAACUUUUUAGGUUUGACCCUGGCCUAGGUCACAUAGUGUGCUUGAAAUAAGAUGACAGUCUCCAGCUAUCCUCAUACCAAAACUAAUGUGUGCAAUUCUUAUUUUCACAUUGUUGGGUUGGGUCUUUCUGUCCACUUUUUUUUUUUUUGAUAAGUUGUAUUUAAUAAAUGUUUUGAAAAAUGAAA